AUGUUGCGGCUGAACGGCAACCCGAACAACAUCCAAACCGCUCUGGUUCUCAAUCCAACCAGUGGUAUAGACGAAUUUCUGGGUCAUUUUUGGCACUCGCAGUUCACCGGGAGCCGUGAGCAAGUCAGCGGCAGGCUCGACUCCAUCGGGGUUUCUGAGGUUAGAAGUGACUCUGGGUCAAUCAUGAGUCUAGGCGAAAAGGACGGAUCGUCACCCACAACGAGUGAUCUUUGCCGAAUGAAGUUAGAGGGACGCAAGCAGGCCGAACGUGUUGCUCAUCCUCACUCUGAACGGAUUCCGCCACCAGUUGAGUAG